AUGGCCGAGGUCGGCCUAGUAGCCUCAUUGUUGGGCAUCUCAACUUUCGGCAUUCAAUUGACAAGAACCCUCUACAACUUUGGCUCAACAGCUUCAUCUGCCAGAGAGCAGACAGAUUACAUCGCUCGCCAUGUCACACUCUACUCGGACGUACUCGACUUACUCGCUCAACGAAUCGACGAUGACGAACCAAUUCACUCCCGCAAGGCUAUAGACCUAGUUUAUGACAUUUAUGAUCAGUCCUGUGAUCUGUUCAACAAUAUUAGAGAUCUCCUGCCAGAUAGGGCCGACAAGAUAAGUUUUAUGCAGAAGAUUAAGUGGAACUUCAAGAAAACGAAGGUCGAUCUACUCGUCUCUGAGAUUGAGUACCUAAAAAGUACCGUUAAUCUCCUGUCGAAGAAAGCAGAAAAGGAGGCAAAGGCCCAAUUUGCAAGAGCGCAGAAUGCCAUUGUGGAGCAAGUUAAUGCGACCGCUAUAAAAGAAAAUCUCCAGGCCAAGAUCGAGGAAGAUGACCAAAAUCCAGUCGAGAAGACAGCCGACACAAAUGGCGACUGGAAGUCUGUGGCUGUCAUCAAACAUGCACCACAUAUUGCAUAA